AUGGAAAAUAGUUCGGAAGAGCAUUCUGGGUCCGUGGAUGAUAUUCCACAGCAGCCGCGUGUGGCUGAUAAAGCAAAGGUGACUGAAAGAAAAUCUACAAAGCUGCCUAAAGCACCGAAGAAAAAGGUCAAAUCAGAAUCUACUGAAGAAGAUGAUGAUAUUCCCUCAGCACACAGUCAGCCAGAGGAUGAGCUUGUCACCAACUCCAAGACCCUGAUCUCUGAUGGAAAUCCCAAUAAGGGUGGUCGCGGUAGAGAAAGGAACACCGCAGCUGAAAUGUCUGAUCUUGAAACUUACAAGACUCCACCUGGAGUAGAAACGACACAAGAAAGAAACAACAGGCUGCAGAAGAUUUGCCGUCACUGGGCGAAGAAGUGGUUCAACUAUGGGAACGUUACAAAGAGGGAAAAUGCCAAGGCCAAGCGUGAGGCAAGAGCCGCAAAGAAGAAUCAGGUGGAACAGGGAAAUGUUGAGUUAACUCAACAAGAUGUGCAAGAGAAGAAGGAAAGGGCAUCUGCCCGAAAAGAAAAGAAGAAGAGGAAGUCUGUUUCUCCUCGCACUUCGGAGAAGAAGUCUGUUGCCAGAAAAUCAUGGAAGGUUGCAUCUGCCUCGUCUGAUGACUCCUCGAAUGAUAAUGCUGGCAAAGAAAUUCCCAUGUAUGAUCAAAGAGCGCUGCUUGAUAAGCCGUACCAAACUCCCUCUCUAGCAAAGAUUUCGCCACCAUUGAGAUCUUCACCAAGGCUUGCUCCCAUCCCAUCAGAUAAACCUUCGGGUUCUGCUGCCCCAGUGGUCAAUAGAAAGUUGAUGACUGAUGAAAAAGCUAUUGGUCCUGCCAAGAAGGCGAAGAAAAUCGUUCCUACUUCCACAGAGGAAUAUAAUUUUGAUCUUAUGUUUGACAUCAUUGAAGGUGCUUCUUAUGAUGCAAAUCCAUCUGAGUUGAGCAGUCUGGGUUUGCCUGAUGAUGUUACCAAGAUGGUAACAAAGCACUUCACUGAGCUGAAGGGAAUUACCAAGGAACUGAAACAGGCUGUAGAGGACAAGAAACUGCUUGAGAAAACUAGAAAUGAAGCUCGCUCUGAGUCUGAAAGGAAAGACGUGAACAAGGGAAUCCUUGAGAUCACCAAAGCCCUCACUGUCAUGAGAAACAACAAGAUUGAGUGGCACUCCAAGCUGAAGAUGGAUGUUUCUCAGCUUUGUGAUCGUAGAAAUGAGGAGAUUAAGCGUCAAGCAGAUCUUGCCCGACGAAGAGAAAAAGAAGAGAAACAAGAGAAAGCUCAGGCAAGAGCCAGCCAGUUGAAGGCUUCCAAGGAUCGUCGCAUCCAAUUUGUAACAAUGGAUGCACCAGUUGAUACAAGUGCCCCACUGCAACAGAUACCACCAUCCCCUCGUCCCGAGGAAGAAUUCGAGCAACAUACUGUGCCUGCGGUAGUCAUGAUUCCUACUGCAGCUGCACAAGAAUCUGAUGUGGUGGAUAUGUAUCUAGUCAAUCCUGAUGAAGUGAAUGUCGUGCUCGAGCAAAAUGCUCCUGAAGAAAGAAUUGACGAGAAAAUUGAGAUGGAAAAGGAAGCUUCAUUGCCUCUGAAGAAAGGAAAGAAUUGA